CCCUCCCCCGAAGAAUUAAAUGGCAGUGGAAGAACGAUCUAAAGAUGAAAUUCUCCACAAGUUUAAGGAACGUCAGGUUUUUGCUCAGAGGCUUUUAGAAGAAGCCAAUAGGUUAAAAUCUGAAGAGAAAAUACUUGGAAUGCAAAGAAUAGAAAAACAAAUAAAAGCAGAAAUGGAAAUGCUGGAAAAGUUGUUAACUGGUUCUCAGAUUAUUAAAGACCAUCACAUAAAAAGCACUAACCUUCUCCAUCUUGAAGGAGUCAUUCACAUAAUCAAAAACACUCACUUUAUGUUGUCGAAGAGUAAAGGAUCUCUUACGGCAGUCGAAAGGUUUUUUAAAUUUACCGACAGCACUGGUAUUGUUCAGAAUACAAUGGUGGAUGUAGUUUGUAAUGGUGGCGACAGUGUUUUGGCUGAGCAGGCAAGACAGGAAAGGAAAGAUCCUUUGUGGCCUAUGCUACAAAAAGCUACAGAAGGUAAAUCUUUAUUGGCUUGUAAAACAGCAAUAGAUGAUUUUAAAUCAAUUUUAUCUGUUGUGGCUGGCCCGAGUGAGAAAGAAAGAGCAAAGGAAUUGUUAUCAAGGAUUAAUGUUGUCCCUGAUCAACCCUCAGAGAGAGCUCGAAAUCUCCAUAACAGUGGAAGAAUCAAAGAACGAGCCAAGAUUAUAUUCGGUACUGGUGACAGCUUGCAGGCUAUUACAUUAACAGCAAAUGAAGGCUUUGUUCGAGCUGCUGCUGGAAGAGGAAUUUCUUUCAAUGUCAUUGUACAUCCGUGUAGAGCAUUGGCAGAAUUAGACUAUAAGCACAGUGUCAAGACAAAUGAGAGAAGAGAAACUGGGGCUGAUAUUAUGCCUACAGUUCUUCCUUCAUAGCAACCAUAGUUCAAUUCCAAGUAAACGUAAUAUGCCAACAAACUUAUUUUCUUA